UAUAUUAUUGCUGACGUUUUUUACGUGGAAUAACGUUAAUAAGCAUCGACCGAAAGCAGUGAACGAACUAUUGCAGUGUGAUUCCUUUCUAAGCUCAAAAGAGACCACACAACCGUUUUGACAAUGAUACUCAUCGCAGGUUCGGCUCUUGCUUUUAUCGCGGGUAUUUUACUUUUUCAUAAACCACGAAAUAAAAUGAUAUUUUUUAUAAAUACAAUUAUUUAUGAAAUUAAAUACAACACUAUGGGAGUACAAGAAAUUGUCAGAGAAUUUGUAUUUGCAAGAUUCAACAAAACUGAUUUACCUCAACGAAAGGGAAAAGUGGCAAUAGUGACAGGUGGUUCUCGAGGAAUCGGAUGUUUUAUUGUAAAAAUGCUAAUGCAAUGUGACAUGGAAGUAAUCGUUGCCUGCAGAAAUAUUAAAGCUGGUGAAGAUGCUGUUCGAAAAAUCAGAGAAUCAGGCGUGACCUCAGGCACUGCAAAAGUUUAUCAUAUGGAUAAUGCUAGUUUGGAAUCUGUUCGAAAAUUUUGUCGAGAGAUUAAAAACGAUUACACAAGAAUCGAUACUUUAAUAAAUAACGCUGGCAUUAUGUUUACUCCUUAUUUAAAAACCAAAGAGGGCUUUGAACAACAAUGGGUAGUCAAUUAUUUAUCACAUUUUCUAUUAACAUCAUUAUUAUUACCUCUUUUGAAAAAUUCUGGAAAUUCAAAUGAAAAGGCAAGAGUAAUUAAUGUCACAUCUUGUGCUCAUUUAGUUGGGACAAUUGAUUUUAAUCAUGUGGAUGAUAGUCAAGGAUUUCUUAGAAAAUUUGCCUACGCUCGAAGUAAACUUGCUCAAGUUAUGUUUACAAAGACAAUUCAAGAACUAUUUUCCAAUAAAAAUUUACCAAUACAAUCUUAUGCCGUUCAUCCAGGACUUGUUAAUACAGAAAUUUAUCAACAUACAAGCAUGAGGCAUUUAAAAAUUUUAUUUAAUAUCCUUUUUAAGACUCCUGUACAAGGAGCGACACCAGUUAUAUACGCAGCUGUGAAUAAAUCAAUUGAAAACAAAGGUGGAAUUUAUAUUACAAAUUGUCUAGAGUGUCCAGUAAAUUCUGAAGCUCACAAUUCAAAAAUUCGAGAUCGUCUAUUUAAACUUUCCCUCGAGCAAGUUCAACUCAAAGACUUUUUCGAAUCGAUUAGUAAUUAAAAUUCAUCGUAUGUAUAUUAUUUUUGUACAAAUUAUCCAUUCCUUCCAUGUCCGAUAAAAUCAAAUAUGCAUUUAUUAUAAUAUUACAGUAUUAAUUUUAAUAAUGUUAAAUAAAAUAAUAAUAUAUUAAAGAAAUUUUUAAAUAAAAAAAAAAAAUUUGUACUAAAUAUUUAAUAUAAAAUAAUCUAAUAAUAAUAAUUAUUAUGAUUAUUAUUAUACUAUAUUAUAUUCUAUUUUUUAUAAACGAUUAAUAAUUUAUUUUACGACAUCGAAUUUUGUAAAUUCGAAAAAAAAUAUUUUAAGGGGACCAAUAAAAUUAACAGUUAUGUUUUCAAAUAAUUUAAUUAUAAAUGUACGCCUACAUUUGUAGCAAGUGAGUGUGUUUCAUUACGCCGUCUAGCGUUAGCAUAUAAGUAGAAUCAUAAAUCUUUAAAACAUUCGUACCAUUCUAAUUUUUUUUUUUUAUGUAUAUAAAAAACACUUAUUCUCUCAAACUUUUCAAUGUUCACAUGCAUUUCAUAGUAUAAAUCGUGAAACUCAUUGUAAAUCAAUAACAAAAAGAAAAAACAAAAAAUGUCACGACUUUUUUAAUAAUAAAUAUUUUACUAUAGCGCAA